UGAGUGCCGAGUGGCGGGAGUCACGUUUCACGACUCGCGGGAACGACUUGUCCGUGUCUAAGUGUUACGUUGUAUUCUUAUAUAUCGUUCUCCGCGUGUGCAUUCGAUAGAAUGUAACCCAGCGAAAACCGUUCGCGUGUAUGUAGGUAUUCGUAUUUCUAUAGAUAUUGUUUUAUGAUUUACCUAUACGGCUAUACUAUACUUUAUGUCGAUUUAUGCAAAAUUAAAAUUGUAGGCAUACAAAUUACAUCUCUCGGGAAUAUAUAGUUUCGGUUUUAUAACACAAAAGUGAAAAUAGUCUGUUACGCCGUGUCUCGUAUAUAUAUACCUAAUAAUUCUAUACGACAAUGUUGUAUCAAAUGCAACGCGUUACGGUCCAAUCGGUUUCGUAGAUUUUCGUCGCAGUGUAUAGUAUAUACCCGCAGUAGCCUACCAGAAAAAUACAGAUAACUAUGGGCCACGGAAAUACAAGUACAUAUCCGUGGGGUCCAGAAGACAUAUGUCCUGGUGGAUUAAUUUUGCCUAUUCUGGAUGAACGACUAUGGCCGAUAAAAGUACGGGUAGUUGUUUAUUUAUUUACAUUGCUUUAUUUCCUAUUAGGAAUAUCUAUAGUAGCAGAUGUAUUUAUGACUGCUAUUGACAAAAUUACUAGUCAUACAAAAAAAGUUUAUUUGGCUAAAGAGUUAACGGAAAAUGGCUCAGACGUUUCUCUUCGACCAGAUCAACCCGAAGUAAUAGAAGUACGUAUAUGGAAUCCAACGAUCGCAAAUCUCACAUUAAUGGCUUUAGGUACAUCUUCACCCGAAAUUCUAUUGUCUAUUAUUGAAACAGUGGGUCAUCAUUUUGAAGCUAGAAAAUUAGGACCGAACAUCAUUGUAGGAUCAGCUGCUUUCAAUUUGUUGAUUAUUACUAGUUUAUGCACACUUACGUUGGGCAUAAACGAAAAAAGAAGAAUACAUGGCUUAAAAGUAUUUUUAGUAAUUGGAGCCUUUAGUUUUUUUGCUUAUAUUUGGCUUUUUUUAAUAAUCGAAGUUAUUUCGCCAAAUAUUAUUGAAUUAUGGGAAGCUGCGGCGACAUUCAUGUUGUUUCCAAUCCUCAUGUUUUUCGCUUAUGCUACCGAUAAAAAUUGGUGUGGAAAAGAUACUGAACAUAAUACACAUCAACUAGACCUUUCCUCAUUUGAAGAUCAAAAUGGAACAAAAAAGCAAUUAAUUUUAAAAAAUGGAAAAAUAGACAAGGACAAUUUGAUUAAAUUCGUGAAAAAUGUAAAACAAUACUCUGGAAUAACUGAUGCAGAUGCAGCGAAGCUUGCAGCUACCAAACUGGUCGAUUCAACACAUCAUGGAGCUAUGUGGUAUCGUAUUGGAGCAGUUAGACGUUUUACAGGCGGCAAACAAAUAGAGCCUAUUUUAGAAGACCAUCUUAAACAAGUUUAUGAUGUAAUAAAAGAAAACGGCGAGAUUGGAUACGAUACAUUAAACCAUAUGCCAUCUACUUUUUCACAAAAUGAAGAAACAAAAUAUGCGAUAUUAGAGUUUCAUGCCCCCACAAUCGCUGUUAAAGAAAAUAUAGGAAAAUUUCCCGUCACCAUUUGGCGACACGGAAAUCUAAAUACAAAAGCAACUGUUAGGGUGGAUAGUAUUAAUGGAACAGCUAAAGAAGGAGAAGAUUUUGUGAAAGUAAAGGAGGUAGUUGAAUUUAAAGAAAAUGAAGAAGAAAAAGAAAUUUUUAUCGAGUUAAUUGAUGAUAAUAUAUGGGAACCUGAUGAAGAGUUUUUUCUUAGAAUGUCUGUGGUCCAUCAUAAAGAUUUAUCGGUAAAACUUGGUAGUAUUUCAAUCAUGGAAGUGACUAUAAUCGAUAACGAUGAACCGGGUAUUAUAAGCUUUGGUAAAAGAGGACUAUUAGUAAAAGAGAGUACUGGGUUCGUCGAGGUGCCAAUUGUUCGAACACAUGGAUCAGAUAGCGAAGUCAGUGUAAAAUGGAAGACUAUUGAUGAAUCGGCCAUUUCGGGACGAGAUUAUGUAGGUGGCGAAGGUGAAAUUAUUUUCAAAGAUAAAGAAGUAGCUAAAAUUCUGCGAAUUGAAAUAAUCAAUGACAUGUGCCCUGAAAAAGACGAAUGUUUUGAGAUUAAAUUAUUUGGGACUACAGGAGGUGCUAAAAUUGGAAAUAUUAAUAGGAUAGCCAUCACAAUCAGUAGUGACGACGAUUUUGAUUCUGUAGUCGAUCGUCUAAUGUUAUUGACUAAUAUAAACAUUCAUGCACUUGAAUUGCACCGCCAAACUUGGGCAGAACAAAUUAAAACUGCGAUGACUGUAAAUGGUGGUGAUUUAAACAAUGCAACAACUUUAACUUAUGUAUUACACUUUUUUUCAUUUUUUUGGAAAGUUAUAUUUUCCUUUAUACCACCAGCAACCGUGUUUUCUGGUUGGUUAAGAUUUGUCACCUCCUUAACGUUAAUAGGAGUCAUGGCCACGAUAAUCGGCGAUUUAGCUACAAUUUUUGGUUGUUUAAUUGGACUCGAUGACGCAGUGACCGCAAUAACAAUAGUGGCUCUUGGUAUGUCCCUACCAGAUAUUUUAGGAGCCUGUAUGGUUACUCGAGCAGAAACCCAUGCUGACGAGGCUAUGAUACAUAUCGCCGGUUCAAUAGCUGUAAAAGUAUUGAUGGGCGUCGGACUGCCAUGGUUUAUUGCCGCUUUGUAUCAUUACUUACACGGAAACUUGUUUAAAGUUCCAUCAAAUCGUAUUGGUUUUAAUGUUCUUUUAUAUUCUGUUAUGGCGAUUUUAGCUGUAACUGUAUUAAUGGUACGUAGAAAUGUUGAGUUUUUUGGAAAAGCGGAAUUGGGAGGACCAAAGAAAGGAAGAUAUAUUACUGUGGCUAUAUUAAUCUCACUGUGGGUAAUUUAUUUGUCACUCACUUUUUUUCAAACGUUUUAAUUUAAUUUUAAUGAAAUAAUAGCCAAGUGUUUUUAUCGGCUACUAUUAUAGUCUAUUAUAAUAAACAUUAUAAUAUAGUUAUUAUUUACGUAUUUUACUAUGUAAUAAUUAGUGUAAAUUUUAAUAUUU